AUGGCUGCUCCGGCCGCCUCCUCUCAAAACUACGACUAUCUGCGCCGCAAAGAAUCCUCUGGCAAAUCUCCCUCGUACUACUCGGCCUCCAACUCGCGCAGACACCAAGAGCGCCAUAGCAACGGCACCGUCAGCUCCCAGUUCUCCCACCGCACCCAGAUGAGCGCCGGCACCAACAUCACCGAGCCGCCCGCCUACUCCAAGAAGCUCGUCGUUGUCGGCGAUGGCGGCUGCGGAAAGACAUGCCUUUUAAUUAGCUACAGCCAAGGCUACUUCCCCGAGAAAUAUGUGCCCACCGUAUUCGAAAACUACAUUACGCACACGCCGCACCCGCCGACCGGCAAGAUGGUCGAGCUGGCGUUGUGGGACACGGCGGGCCAGGAAGAGUACGACCGGCUGCGACCACUAUCGUACCCCGAAACGGACCUGCUCUUCGUGUGCUUCGCCAUCGACUGUCCCAACUCGCUCGAAAACGUCAUGGACAAGUGGUACCCCGAGGUGUUGCACUUCUGCCCGACGACGCCCAUCAUCCUGCUGGGCCUGAAGUCGGACCUGCGCCACAAGAAGACGUGCAUUGACCUGCUGAAGACGCAGGGCCUGACGCCCGUAACGCCGGACCAGGGCCGCUCCGUCGCCGACAAAAUGGGCGCCGCCUACAUGGAGUGCAGCAGCAAGGAGAUGGACGGCGUCGACGACAUCUUCGACUCGGCCGUCAUCAUGGCUGUCGGCGACGAGUGGAAACCCGCCACCACCGGCGGCGGCGCCGGCAACCGCUCUUCCGUCUCUGGCCCCCCGGCUUUUGGCGGCAAGCGCCCCAGGAAGAGCAGGUGUAAGAUUCUGUAA